AUGUUCCAGCAUAACGGAAUCAGAAUCAAAGUUAUCUCCAUGGGAUUGGGAGCAGAGCAGAAAUGGCUGUUCAUUCUCUUCACCGCUGCAAUCAUCUCUCUGCUACUCUUCAUCUCCUCGAUCUUUGGUUUUAGUGCUUCAUACGCCUCACACAAAUCCUUCUCCUCCACCGUCCACCGUGGGACUAGUCACCCUCCAUCGUUUUCCUACUACAUAUCCGGCACUGGCGGAGACGCCGACAGGAUUUUCCGGUUGUUGUUGACGGUGUACCAUCCCAGGAAUCGGUAUUUGUUGCACAUUGGGACUGAGGGUUCUGUCGAUGAGAGGAAGAGGUUGGCAGAGUUGGUAAAGUCAGUACCAGUGAUUAGGGCUUUUGAUAAUGUGCAUCUAAUUCAGAACCCUGAUCCAACAACGGAAAUGGGCGCGAGCAAUAUCGCCGCGAUUUUGCAUGCUGCAGCGAUUCUAUUGAAGAACGAUGGUGAUUGGGAUUGGUUUAUUACUUUGAGCGCAUCGGACUAUCCUUUGCUAACACAAGAUGACUUGUUUCAUGCAUUCUCCUCGAUUAGCAGAGAUGCUAAUUUCAUCGAUCAUACCAGUGACCUUGGAUGGAAACAGGAUCAAAGGAUUCAGCCGAUUGUAGUUGAUCCAGGGAUUUACUUAGCAAGACGAACCCAAAUCUUUAGGGCUACUGAAAAACGACCUAUGCCAGAUGCCUUCAAAGUUUUCACAGGGUCUCCAUGGGUGAUUUUGAGCCGAUCUUUUCUUGAAUAUUGUGUUUUUGCAUGGGACAAUCUCCCUCGAACACUUCUAAUGUAUGUUAACAAUAUUGUUUUGGCACAAGAAGUUUACUUCCAUACUGUAAUCUGCAACUCACCUGAGUUCAAGAACACAACCAUCAACAAUGAUUUGAGAUUCAUGGCAUGGGAUAAACCCCGAAAGAUGGAACCCAUCUUUCUCAAAAACUCAAACUACAAGAACAUGGUUGAAAGUGGAGCUGCUUUUGCAAGAAGGUUUGAUGAGAAUGAUGCAGUGUUAGACAUGAUUGAUAGUAAUAUUUUAACCCGCAAAAGUGGGCGGGUUGCACCAGGGGUAUGGUGCACGGGUCAUAGGAACUGGUUCAUGGACCCGUGUUCUCAUUGGGGUGAUGUUAAUGUCUUGAAAAGAAGUCAUGAAGGUAAGAAGUUUGAUGAGUUGAUAAAGAAAAUGGUGGAUGAUUCGAGUUUACAGUUGAAUCAAUGCAAAUGA